CUGUGACAGACAGUUAGACAAACUGCAUUUUGUACGUUAGCAAUGGCUCAGGAGUCUCUGGCGAGUUUAUUUGGUCUUGGCAAUAUUUGCUGUUCAUAAAACAGUUUCAGACCCCGCGCAUUGGAAACAGCUAGCACAACAUGACCUGAACAAAGCCCUGAACCGGAAGUUGAACACCAACAAGGCGCGCAACGUCAUCUUGUUCGUCGGAGAUGGGAUGGGCAUUUCUACCGUCACAGCGGCCAGAAUUCUCCGGGGCCAAACACAAGGUGCCACGGGCGAGGAAACCGUUCUGGAGUUCGAGAAAUUUCCUGACAUCGGUUUAUCGAAGACGUACUCCAAUGACCGGCAGACGACAGACUCCGCGGCCACGGCAACCGCUAUGAUGUGUGGACAGAAGACAAACUACCAUUUGGUAGGACUCAGCGACCAAGCCAGAGCUCAAGACUGCUCAAGCGAACAUGGAAACGACAUACCUUGUACCUUUGAUUGGUUCCACUCCGAUGGACGUUCGGUGGGCGUGGUCACCACUGCCAGGAUCACACAUGCCACGCCUGCUUGUGCGUACGCAAAGUCCGCGUCACGUAAUUGGGAGGGAGACAGUGACAUGGUGGGCGUGACGGGAGGGUGUAAGGACAUCGCCUAUCAGCUCAUAAACAACAAUAGUUAUGCUAAAGUUUUACUUGGCGGAGGAAGACAGUUCUUUCUUAGCAUGAAUGAUUCCGAUCCAGAGCUGAACCACACCAACUCCGAUAAACAACGUCUGGACGGGGUCGAUCUAACACAGGUUUGGAAAGAUGACAAAGAGAAGAACAAUUUAUCGGCUAAAUAUGUAUGGAACAAGUCACAGUUUGAUGCCAUUGACCCACGUGACACUGAUUAUAUACUAGGUCUGUUUGAGGCUGGCCACAUGCAGUACGAAUUGGACAGAGACAAUGGAACUAAUGGAGAACCAUCUCUAGCGGAAAUGACGCAGAAAGCCAUCCGAGUACUUCAGAAAGACGAAAAUGGUUUCUUUCUACUGGUUGAAGGAGCACGUAUUGACCACGCCCACCAUGACAACAACGCCAAGCGUUCACUUUACGAAGUUCUAGCUAUGGAGGACGCCGUAAAGAUGGCGACUAAAUUGACGGACGAGCGAGACACCCUCAUUAUCGUGACAGCCGACCAUUCACACGUCUUCAACAUCGCUGGAUACCCAGAACGAGGCAACGAUAUAUUCGGCGUGGUCAGUAAUGUUGGGGAUGCAAUAGCUGAAGAUGGCAUUCCUUUUACAACUCUUCUUUAUGGUAACGGAGCGAGUUACGAUUGGGGAAACAGGACAAACGUAUCGGCCAUAGACACAACACACAAAGACUACCUUCAGGUGGCAGCAGCUCCGCGAGAAUCGGAGACUCACGGUGGAGAGGACGUAUCUAUCUACGCACGAGGCCCGAUGUCACACCUGAUACACGGCGUGCACGAGCAGCAUUACAUAGCACACGUGAUUACGUACGCCGCUUGUGUCGGUGAAAAUUCCCAACGUUGCGAAAACCAACCAGACACAAAUCUCAACGCAGCAAACAGCAACAGUCUAAAUUAUCUGAAUGUUAUUUGUGUUAUGAUAUGCAUAUUGCGUUUGUAUCACGUACAUUUGUGAAAAAAAAUGUUUACAUGAAUUGAUUGAAGGAGCAUUCGACUAAGAGAUUUAUCAAAUAUCGUAUGCCUAUUGAAGUUAGCAUUUCUAUAUCUAUUUGUGAAAAGAUGUGAAAAAAGGGAAAAAAAGAAUGAAAAAAAUGACACCCAUCUAGGAUGAUUCCGAAUAUAAGCAGGUUGUCCAAAGUUCGCAGGACUUUUUGAUUGUGUGCAGCAUUGAGACUCCAGAGAUUAGAAUGGCAUUUAUAACAGUAUAACUUCCUAAGGCAAUGUGAGGUUUCUCAGAAAUACCAUGUAUGAAAAUAACAUCAUAUUUACUCCCCGGAAGUAACCGUGGGCGUUUAGUGUCACCAAUCGCCGUCCUCCCAUCUUUAUAUCUUUAAUUAAACAUUAGGAGUGCUCAUUCAAUCAUGAAUAGAACUAGGAUGCGAAUAUUGAUCCUGAAAGGUUUUGUUUAUGAACGGUUGGCAGUAAAAUUGGAAAACAUUGGCCUUGUUUUUAGCGUAAAAUUCAUUUCCAGCGAAACAGGAGAGGGAAUACAUACUCAUCUCUGAAUGGCAUGUUUCAACUGGUUUCAAAGCUGAUGAGAUAUCAUUUUCGCCGAUAUCGUACCUGAUAACAACAAUACAUUUUGUAGUAAUCCGGACCCGUCACACCUUAAUAAAUGAGUGUUAAAAAGA